AUGGACACCGGCGAUGCUCAUGUAUUGGGGGACCGGCCGGCUGACUCUCAGCCGGAUUCAGAUGCCGAGAGGAAGAAGCUCCAAGUACUCAAGGACAUCAGUAUCAAGAGAGACAGAAUCGAGGCUCAGUUCAGUCGCGAAAUCCACGACAAGAUCGCGACGUUUGAGAACUUUCGGAUGAGGGCUCUCGACGAAUGGCUCAGACAGGCCGCUUUGGAGUUGCCAAAGGAUGCCGCAAUGGAGGUGAAUCAAGACAUUCAGCGGAAGUUCCACUGCUACGUUGAGAGUCUCCGAUAUCAAGGCCGUUGUCCCGACCCUUCCCUGAAGAUCACGUUCAGCAAUACCCUUCCGCCAACACCUCUUUUUAUUGACUCUCCAGUCGAACCUCAGAGACAAGAUGUCCAGACUACGCAUAUCAGUCCGAUCGAACAGCCUCAGCUGCGGGCGAACACGACACCCGGCGACGAAGCCGUUAUCACAAAAGAGCGAGUCCAGAAGCCACGAGGGCGAAAGCCGGGAAACUCCAAGAAGAAGAUCCUCAAGGCCAAAUCACAGAAACAAGACACAGGUACCAUCACGAACAACCAGGUGGGGAGAUCGAGGUUGUGGGCAUUCGCGGUCGAGUCCGAUGGCCAUGUGUGCCUCUACACGUUGAGGUGCCCCGCCGUCGGGUGUGGCCAUGUUUUCUCACAGGAUCCUUUCGAGGAAGACAGAGCGGAAACACAUUUCCGCAACUGUGGUGUGUCCUUCGAGGAUAAGGAGGAUAUCGUCAAGCGAUAUGCUCGAAGAAUCGUCUCCCAAGAUCCCGAGAAACGGAUGAAGGCUGACUGGGCGAAGAGACACAACGCUUUGCUCUUAGCUGGACAUGGGCGGGACGGUAAGAGGAGAUCACAGGAAGACGGGGCUGGAAAUGGCGCCCAGCAGUUGUAG